AUGGAUAAGCCUCUAGAGCACAAGAUCUUGAAGAACCACCGUCUCGGCAUCAUUGUCAUCGGCAGCGCUCUCAGCACAGGUCUGCUUGUGGGAUCCGGCUUUGGCCUCGCGAGAAGUGGCCCUGCCGGUAUUCUUCUGAACUACAGCAUCAUCGGUUUCGUUGCUUUUCUGGUCCUAUCAGCCUUGGGAGAGGUGAGCUCGUUCGCGCCGAUGCCAACUGGGGCCGGUGGCUACGCAUCACGCUUUGUAGACCCUGCCCUUGGGUUCGCCACGGGGUAUUGCAACGCCCUUAAAUACCUCCUGUCGACUCCGAAUCAUCUCGUUGCGGCGUCACUAAUCAUGAAGUUCUGGGUUGGAGAUACAGUCAAAUCGUCCGCCAUCGUCACUGUCGCUUUGAUAGUGGUCUUGAUCAUCAACUUGAUCACUCUCAAGGCUUUUGGGGAGUUUCAAUUCUGGCUCGCCUUGUUGAAGAUGACUCUUUUGUGCGGCACGAUUAUCUUAAUGCUAGUCGUCGCACUGGGUGGCGGACCUAAUCGCGAUCGACUUGGCUUCAGGUAUUGGAGAAACCCCGGCGCCUUUGCGGGUUUCGACACCUCGGGACCCAGGGGGAGGUUCUAUCGUGCCUGGAGUACUAUGGUUCAUGCUGCCUAUGCCUUUGGUGGGACGGAACUAGUGGGAGUACCUAUCACCGAGAGGAAGAAUCCAAGAACUGCGAUGGCCGGAGCAGUUCGCUUGACUUUCCUACGGAUCUUCUCAAUCUUCAUUCUAUCGAUUUUCCUCCUGGGAAUGGUCGUUCCAUACGACACUCCUAAGCUGGCAUUUGCGUCCAGCUCCCACACCACUGCCGCUGCGUCGCCUUUUGUCGCGGCGGUGGAGCUAGCAAAUAUCAAGGGUCUAGACCAUGUGAUAAACGGCUUGAUGCUCAUAUUCAUUACAGCUACUUCUACUACAGACUUCUUCCUGGCUACCCGUACGAUCUAUGGCAUCGCGUUGGACGGGAAAGCACCGGCCAUUCUGACCAGGACGAACAGUCGCGGGACCCCGGUUUUGACGGCCGUCAUUCCCUUUCUAUUCUCGUUGCUGGCAUACAUGAGUGUUCUCACCUGGAUCUCCAUUUUAACGACACACAUCGCCUUCUGUAAGGCUGUCAAGGUUCAAAAUAUUCCCUCCGACCGCUUCGCAUACCGUGCGCCGUUCCGCGAAUGGGGGUCGAUGGUUGCCUUGGUUUUUCUAUGUAUCUUCAACCUGAGCAAGGGCAGCGAGCUAUUCACCGGAAAGAAAUUUAACUACCGGAUCUUCAUCGUUCAGUACAUUGGUAUCCCCUUCUACCUCGUGUGUAUCUUCGGUUACAAGAUCCACCAGGGUACUCGUCGCGUCCGAUUGACGGAGGCGGAUUUGAGCACCGGUGUUUGUCCCAUUCCAUUCGAUGAAGAGAAGGCCCAGAAGAAGGAAGAAGAUAGGAUCAAGCUGGCUAAUGCGACAGGGCUGAAGCGGGUUUAUCGGCGGUUUUUGUCGUGGGUUUUCUAGUCUUAGUGCGGUGGGGCCUUGUUUCCUUCCAUGGGGUCUAGAACAUAGCUGGGAUGAGUAAUGAUCUUCUAGGAGGCAUGGGAUUG